GUUAUUGUUCAUGAAUUUUGCUUUGUGAUAUAUCUUUGACGUGCAGUCCUUGUUGAAAGAUACCGUUUAAAUGUCAGACGCCAUAUUUAUAAUUCGUGUAAUCACUGAUAUUAUUUGAUGAACAGAACCGAAUGUGAAUAUCAGCAGAAUUAGUACCAAAAUGGCGGAUUUGAUGUUAACUUCUCUCCAUAUUUAUCUACCAGUACUACUGAUGUUGUGUACCCUAGCAACGUGUAAAUGUGAGGUUGAUGAACAGAACAUAAAUGGCUGGCUUGGGCAAGAUAAUGUACGACUACCUUGUAACUUUCAUCAAGAUGUAAUAGUUGCGCAACUAUUACAUCAAGAUGUAAUAAGUGCGUUGUACUGGUCUAAAAUGAGAGACCCAACCAAGGCUGAAGAGGAAGACUCAACCAAGGCAUCCUAUUUUAAAAAGCAGCUGAAUAGCUUGGAGGACCGGUUUACUUUGAACGAGGAUUUUUCUCUCUCCAUCAGUGACCUUCAAGUAGCGGAUGAAGGGAGAUACCUUUGUCAAGUUGAGUUCGAAUCAGACAAGAGUCUGUUAAUGUACCAGACACUGACCGUGUACGAACAAGGGAUGUUUCCAUCGCAAUAUAUCAUCAUAUUUAGCGUACUCGGGUUCUUCAUUCUGAUCGCUCUCGUAGCCAUCAUAACUGUUCUUUGCAGAGGAGCUACAACUCGCACUAUCAAAGAACUGCGAAAAAGUAUCAGGGACUAUACCUUCAAGAUACCGGACAGUGAUGACAAAGCAACGGCAAAAAUUGGCUUGUAUGGUGAGAUGGGAGCAGGCAAAUCUACUUUCAUCAAUUCCAUCGAGUUUGCGUACAACGGGCAACGAAGCCAGCCUACUAGGCGAAGAAGAUAUGCAGGUGGAGGUCAUAGUAUGAUUCGAAGUUGCCUUCCUCUCACUGACUAUAUUAGUCUGUUCGACAAUCGUGGCAUGAGCGACUUUUCUCACUCAUACGUUGACAAGUAUAUGAAAGAAAUAAGUGAUGAAAAAGAAGCCGGAACACAAACUCGUCUACUUGAUGAAGAGAUUCAAUGCGUCGUAUUUGUAUACAGACAUAGUGGUGAUAACACGAAGCAGGAUGCUAAGAGGUUCCUAGAUAAAUUCGCAACAGAACUUCGCCGGUAUUUUGGCUACUCUGCAUUUGUUGUCGUGACCCAUGCUGAUAGCUUGUCGAAAGAAGCAAAGGCAGACCUAAAGGAAACAUUCUCCCCGAUUUGCGAUAAGUUGUGGUUCCUUGAAAAUUACACAGACGACAUCGAAGAUAAAGAGAAGAGUAUCAGAUUUUUGAAGUUUCUGAAAGCAGCUCUUCAUCGCUGUGACGUUGCCAUAGUAAACAUUGAGAGGCGGAAGACACAAAGGAAGAAAAAGUGGUUUUGGCAAAGGUGGUUGGGUUGGUGAGCAUCGAUGGAUGAUAUGUCUCGAGAGAAAAUCUGAAGCACGUAGGAAAAAUGCUUUUAAGUACCAAUGCGCAAAUACGUGGUAAAAUUUGUCCCAUUUGCGUGGAAUAUGGCCACUGCAGUGAUGCGAAUACACUUACCACAUGCUACUUAUACUAACAAGUGCGAUCUGUAAACACAUUUAAUUCUUUUUCUGUUAUAUAAUUUUAUUAAUGAAAUUUAUUGAAAAACAACAUUAUCAAGCCAAAUUACCACCCCCCCUCCAAAAAGGUGAAUUACAGCCAUACAUACUUAAUUCUUUGUGAAACCAUGGAGAUAGUGUCGGUCUAUCAUUUCUUGGAUGUCAUGGAUGUAAUCAGAGGCUGUUCUUCACGCCAUGUACAUGUACAUAAAAAAGGGGAAAAAAAGGAAAAUAAGCAAAAGUGUAUACAUUUUCAUUAUGUAAAAAAUAAUGUUUUAUAUUGUACAUAAUCGGUGUUUGCAUUAAAAUAAUGGUAGAGCUGACUUAUUAGUAUAAAAAACAAAAAUGGUAAAACGUAUGUUCGUCUUGUACUAUAUUUUAAAUGUGUACAUUAUAGGUUUCGAAAGGGGAGUUAGCUCUGGGGAACCUUGAUCUAAGGUACGCCUAUAUUUUCUUUCACAACACAUACAUUCACCCACCCUCCUACACACAUAUGUAUGUGUAAAUGUAUGUAACUAUAGACCGAUAGCUUUAUUACCUACUUUGUCUAAAGUUAUGGAAAGGGUGAUCUACAUAAGAUUAUUAAAUUUUUUGAAUAAAUAUAAUAUAAUCUCUGAUUUUCAAUUCGGAUUUCGCCAAAAACAUAGUACAUCUCAUGCCACUCUCUCAUUUAUUGACAAAAUCACAAAAGCUAUUGACAACUUUGAACAUACAAUAGGUGUUUUUCUGGACCUCUCCAAGGCCUUUGACACUAUAAAUCAUGAAAUACUGCUCUACAAACUUGAAAAUUACGGAGUUCGUGGGAAGGCCUUGGAGUGGUUCAGAAACUACCUCGUAAAUCGUAAACAAUUCGUAAGCAUAAAUGAACAAAAUUCUUCUCUACAAAAUGUUAACUGGGGUGUUCCCCAAGGCAGCCUCCUGGGCCCUCUUUUAUUUAUAAUCUAUAUAAAUGACAUCCAGAACUCCUCUGAAAUAUUAUCUUAUGUCCUUUUUGCAGAUGAUUCAAAUGUACUAUACUCUCAUCCUAACCCCGAUAUUUUAAUAAAUGUACUGAACACUGAACUGGAUAAAUUGAUAAAUGGAUUAGGGCUAACAAAUUGUCAAUUAAUGUACAAAAAACGAAAUGCAUGCUUUUUAGCAAUUCUUUAGAACAAUUGCCAUUUAAUAUCAAAUUGGACAACUACAACAAAAUUUUUAGGUCUCAUAAUAGACAACAAAUUAUCUUGGAAAACACACAUUGACUUUAUAUGUCGUACAAUUUCACGCAAUAUUGGUGUUAUCAACAAAGUUAAGUUUUUUCUUCCAACUUCCUCCCUAAAAAUGCUUUAUUCAACAUUGAUUUUACCAUAUUUAAAUUAUGGAGCAAUUGUUUGGGGAAAUACACACUCAACCUACCUUGAUAGAAUAUUACUUUUACAAAAGAAGGCAUUGCGUGUUAUUUUCAACUUGUCCUGGAGAUCUCACAUAGAUGAGUUGUUUUUUAAAAAUAACAUUCUAAAAAUAAAAACACUGUACCAAUAUAACUUAGGUCAAUUUAUGUAUCAGCUAAACAAUAAUAUGUUACCAUUCAUAUUUAAUUCUUCAUUUAACAAAAACAAAACUCUUCACAAAUAUCCCACACGUCAAUCAGAUGAAUUCCAUUUACCACUACCCCGGACCAUCCUUGCAAAAUCUAUUUUUACUUUUGAAGGCUCUAGACUCUGGGGAACUAUUAAUAAAAACAUCAAAGAAUCACCUAGCCUUAAUUCUUUCAAAUAUAAGUUCAAAAAAUUUCUCCAAGAUAACCAUUGAAUUCAACUCUUCAUCACUCAAACUCUUGUAUUUUUUUUAAAAAUCAAACAUGAUUAUCAUGUCACGUACGCUUUUCCAUCUCUUUCGUUUUCCUGUUGAUCAACGAGGUCCGUCUGUGAGUGCUGGGGCUGGAUUCUGGAGACCUUUAAUCUCUCUUUUUCUUAUUUCCUUUUCUAUUUUAAUUUCCCCUAUUUCCUUUUAAUUUAACUGGUUCAUGCUCAAGUUGUUAUUUUGAUUUUUAUAUGCUAUGCAACUACAAGAAUAUUUAUUAGGAGGCUGCACUCUACAAGCUCCGCUUUUUAGCAGCCUCCUCCAUUUCCAACCUGAUAUGUAAUAAUCUUGAAUAUAAUUUUUGUAAAGGAAUACUUGAAAUAUGUUUUGUUAUUUAUAUGUUAAAAUGUACAAAAUAAAUUGUUGAAAAUGGAAAUAAACGAAAUGAAAUG